GUAGACAGAGGAGAGAGAAAGGCGUGAGUCGUGAAGUGCCCACGAUCAUCGGGAUGAGCACGUGAAGGAGGCUCCCUGUUUCCUGUCGGCUCGUGAAGAUUCCUCAGUGGUGAAUGCACGUGUUGCUUCCUAUUAACGUGGGUACGGAUGUAACAACCACAGUAAGACUUGGGUUCUGGAUGCUAUACACUGCCUGCUGUAGUCACUGCAAUUGCUCCAGCAAUCAAGACCAAGAAUCUGGAAUCUGACUACGCACACCGACCACUGACUUCAGUUUUGUCUCUCUGGAGUCUAUCACAUAAGGGUCAUCUGUCCAAAGGCUCCUUUCAAGUGGACACUCAUCAGAUGGCCUUGUGUCCCUUUUAUGACACCAAUACCACAAAACAUUAUAGCACCUUCAACCAGGAUUUGAACCCAGGUUUACUGGAUUGAAAAGCCUAUACACUGACCACAAGCCAGGCUCAUUGGACUCUAGCACACAAGGAUCAUCUGUCCUCCGAGUCCUUCCAACAGGCCUUAUGUUCAACCACUCUUCUUCUGACACCAAUUAUCACAGAACCUUAAACCCAGAUUUGAACCCAGGUUUAAUGGGUUGAAAUAGCUGGAAACUAACCAUGAGUCAGAUUAUUUGUGACCUUAUUGCACAGUAUUCUUGUGCCCUACGGGUCCUUCCGAGUGGGCAUCUCCCUGUCUUUCAUAUGACACCAAUUAUCACAGAACUCUGAGAAGUAUCACCUCCAACACAGAUGAUUUGAAUCCAGGAGUAUUGGGUUGAAAAGCGGUACCGUGCCAAGCACUUUGAGAGUCAGCUGUCGUCACUUACAGGUGUCCCAUUCCAUCAUCCUCAUGCCUCACCCAUCUCCAGGAUCUCUUGCACCAGUUCCAAGGGUCUUCUCCUAGGGAGCGUCCUACUUUUAACAUUUGUUUCAGGAUUAUUUGGAGUACCUUCCAAUUCCAUGUGACCCAAUGUUAAUCGGGUUUAAAAGCAUGUACAGUGAGCACGACAACCAAAGAAUCAGGCUCUUUGACAUGGUAAUCAGAUUGGACACAUGGCACGCAUGCACGGUAGUAACAGCGUGCUCGGUCACACAAACUCCAUUGUCCAGUAUCAGGUCCAUGUUGCUCACAGGUGUCAGCUAUCCCAAGCAUCCAUCCAACUGGGUCAUCCCACGUUUGACAUCAUUCAUCACGGAAAUCAAAAAUUUUUAGAGUCAAUCAAAAAUGUGUUUCUAUGUUUAUUGACAAGAAGUGUGAUGUAUUUAUAGAUUGCAGGGAAAAAAGCAGAAAAGCUGACACUUUUCAGAUUGGAAAAAUGUAAAAUAUACAUUCGCAAGGUAUUAACACCAUUCAUCAUAUUUCCUUGCUGUGUUUUGACACAUUGUCAACAUAAAGGUUAAUUUAGCAGAGGCACCAUCUUUUAAAUGAUGCCAUGAAAGGCUGAUUAACAAUGCCCUGAUAUCCCCUUCUACCUGUGGUGGAACCCAGAAAAAGGUGUGCACUUUGGUCUGACACAGCACAGAACAGAGUCCAAUAUCGCUGUGGUACUGGCACAAGUGAAUUGCUUUGCUUCACAAUAUGACGUUAGCUCCUCUGACUCAAAACUGCUCCAACUGCAGCCAGGUAUUGGAACCAGAACUCAGUAUUUUCAAGGCUGUUGUUCUGGGCUUGGUGCUUGGCGUUUUCAUCGUGUUUGGAGUAGUCGGAAAUAUUCUUGUUAUCCUCUCAGUAGUUUGCCACAGACACCUGCGGACAGUGACUCAUUAUUUCAUUGUUAAUCUAGCAGUGGCAGACCUGCUACUCAGCUCCACAGUGCUACCCUUCUCCGCCAUAUUCGAGAUCCUGGAUCGGUGGGUGUUUGGAAGGGCUUUUUGCAAUGUUUGGGCAGCUGUAGAUGUGCUCUGUUGCACCGCCUCCAUCAUGAGUCUGUGUGUGAUCUCUGUGGAUCGCUACAUUGGGGUCAGUUAUCCUCUGCGUUAUCCAGCUAUAAUGACAAAGCGUAGGGCCCUACUGGCUGUCAUGCUGCUGUGGGUGCUGUCUGUCACUAUAUCCAUCGGACCUCUCUUUGGCUGGAAAGAGCCGGCGCCGGAGGAUGAUUCUAUUUGCAAGAUCACAGAGGAGCCGGGCUAUGCCAUCUUCUCAGCUGUGGGCUCCUUCUACCUCCCCCUGGCCAUCAUCCUGUCAAUGUACUGUAGGGUGUAUGUGGUGGCCCGCAGAGAGAGCCAGGGCCUGAGGGAAGGCCGCAAGACCGAGAAGUCGGAUUCAGAGUUUGUUAUACUGAGGAUCCAUAGAGGCAACACAACUGUAAGCGAGGAUGAGGCUCUUCGUAACCGCACACAUUUUGCUCUUCGAUUGCUCAAGUUCUCUCGGGAGAAGAAGGCCGCCAAGACCUUGGGCAUAGUCGUGGGCUGCUUCGUACUGUGCUGGUUGCCUUUCUUCCUGGUCCUUCCUAUCGGAUCCAUCUUCCCUGCAUACAGACCACCAGACACAGUCUUCAAGAUCACCUUCUGGUUGGGCUACUUCAACAGCUGCAUCAACCCCAUCAUCUACCCAUGCUCCAACCAGGAGUUUAAGAAGGCUUUCCAGAGUUUACUGGGAGUUAAAUGUCUGAGAGUCGCCCCCAGACCGCAUCAUCAUCAUCAUCAUCAUCUGGGUGCAGGCCAGAGUCAAAUACAAGGCCACAACCAGCCCCUGACUCUGAACCUUGUCGAUGGGGGGGCAUCCUGUCGGCUAAGUCCCUCCUCCCCCCUUGCCCUGUCCAGAACCCCGUCCUCCCGGGACAGUAGGGAUUGGAGAGUUUUCUCAGAUGGUCCCACCGGUGGAAACGGAGCAGCAGAGACGAGCAGAAAAGUGGUCAAACUGUGCAGUAAAAGUGUCCGACGGACUUGCUGCUGCAUCCGCAGUGGACGGAGUCCCCCACAGGAGGCAAACUGUGCCCAGACCCCUCCAGUCCUUCCAACUAUUAAAAUCCAUCAACUGUCCUUGUCAGAGAAAGGGGAGUCUGUGUAAGCUCUGUAGUCCAUCAGUCAGCAGUUUAAAAGUGAAAACAUAACAGUCGAUAUACGUGAUCCCUUGGAGACUUGAUGCUUGAUGGUCCGGCUUGGAGGAUGUGUCAGCAAAAGUUACUGAGGUCAAGAAGGCAUCAUGUUUAGAUACAGUAUUGGGGCCAUUCCACAGAAUCAGUACCAUUUGCUUGUUGUAACAUUCUCAUAAUAAACUUUUUUCCACUCAAAAAGUC